AUGAAAUCGAGCAAUUACAGCCAAAAUUGUUCAUCCCCUUCUGCUAGAAUCGACCUUGAAGCUCAUAAGUCUCCGUUUAUUCUAAAGAAUGUACAGAUGCUGAUGAAUGAGAAAUUAAAGCAAGUAGAUCCAGAGGGAUCUUGAACAGAUUUUUGGGGGUCUUCGUUAGAGCCACACUAUUACCACCAGAAGCAAUUCAGUCCAUCAAAAUCCACCCACAAAAGUCCAGCUGAUAAGCUCCGAAGGAGCUUCAAACAAGAAAUCGCUUCAGGGAAUUUCAGGAAUGAAAAACUUCGAAGGAUGCUAAAAUAAUGCCAUGAGCAGGCUGGAGCCUCUCAAAGCCAAGCAGGGGAGUAGCCACAGAGGGUUCCUCGCUAAGAUCAUAAGGAAGAGUUACAAAAAGAAAAUAAAUAUUAAGAGAGACCAGCUUUGAAUUGGCCAAAUAGCAGAUUCCAAGAAAGAUAAGUCGACAAGAUCAAAGUCUGUUAAUAGGAUAUUUGGAAUAAAAUAGCCCUAGAGAUACCAAGAAUCUAUCCAAUUUGGGUCUGAAUUAAUAACACAAAGAAGCUUCAUAUCAAUUUUGACAAGAAUCAAAAUGAAAGAAGCCAAAAAACUUUAAAAAGACGAUCUCAAAGUACAAUAAAACGACUAAAUUUUGAUAACCAGAGCCCGUCUCCCUUCACAAUGAUUCAUUCAUAUCACUCAAUUCGGCCAAUAUUCGCUGAGAAAACCCAACCCUUCUCUGACGUACACCAUAACGCUUAUGGGGCAAAAACAGGGAGGCUCCCUCUGGGAGUCUGUACCACUGCCAAUAAAAUGUCUCAGUUGAUAAAGCUCAAUUAUACUGGCACUCCUUCAUAUAUUAUCGAGAAUAGUAGCACACCCUUACCGAUAGUUAAGGGCAAGAAAGUACUCAGUACUUAUGAAUAAAUAUUUUCAAUAUAGG